CCGGGACCCCGCCCCGCGGAGGACUCUCGGGAGCGCGGGCGGCUGGCGCACUGCACCGACUCACCGACAGCCGGGAGCGCAGCGGUCUUUUGCAGGCGCCGCGGGUCCGGAGAGCGGUCUCAGCUGCUGCGGCAGACUCGUGUUUCCAGGGGACUGAGGAAAACCCGUCAGGAACCGAAGAUGCCGAAACCAAUCAACGUCCGAGUUACCACCAUGGAUGCAGAGCUGGAGUUCGCCAUCCAGCCAAAUACAACAGGAAAACAGCUUUUUGAUCAGGUGGUUAAAACCAUCGGCCUUCGGGAAGUGUGGUACUUUGGCCUCCAGUAUGUGGAUAAUAAAGGAUUUCCUACCUGGUUGAAACUUGAUAAAAAGGUGUCAGCACAGGAGGUGAGAAAGGAGAAUCCUCUCCAGUUCAAGUUCCGGGCCAAGUUCUACCCUGAAGAUGUGUCUGAGGAGCUCAUCCAGGACAUCACACAGAAGCUUUUCUUCCUCCAAGUGAAGGAGGGAAUUCUCAGCGAUGAGAUUUACUGCCCUCCUGAGACUGCGGUGCUCCUGGGCUCCUAUGCAGUGCAGGCCAAGUUUGGAGACUAUAAUAAAGAAACACAUAAGUCUGGGUACCUCAGCUCUGAGCGGCUGAUCCCCCAAAGAGUCAUGGACCAGCACAAGCUCACCAGGGACCAGUGGGAGGACCGGAUCCAGGUGUGGCAUGCCGAGCACCACGGGAUGCUCAAAGACAGUGCCAUGCUGGAAUAUCUGAAGAUUGCUCAGGACCUGGAAAUGUAUGGAAUCAACUAUUUUGAGAUAAAAAAUAAGAAAGGAACAGACCUUUGGCUUGGAGUUGAUGCCCUCGGACUAAACAUUUAUGAGAAAGAUGAUAAGUUGACCCCAAAGAUUGGCUUUCCAUGGAGUGAAAUCAGGAACAUCUCUUUCAAUGACAAAAAGUUUGUCAUUAAGCCCAUCGACAAGAAGGCGCCUGACUUCGUGUUCUAUGCCCCCCGCCUGCGCAUUAACAAGCGGAUCCUCCAGCUCUGCAUGGGGAACCACGAGCUGUACAUGCGUCGCAGGAAGCCCGACACCAUCGAGGUGCAGCAGAUGAAGGCCCAGGCCCGGGAGGAGAAGCACCAGAAGCAGCUGGAGCGGCAGCAGCUGGAAACCGAGAAGAAGAGGAGAGAGACUGUGGAGAGAGAGAAGGAGCAGAUGAUGCGGGAGAAGGAGGAGCUGAUGCUUAGGCUGCAGGACUACGAGCAGAAAACCAAGAAGGCAGAGAAAGAACUGUCAGACCAGAUUCAGAGAGCCCUGCAGCUGGAGGAGGAGAGGAAGCGUGCCCAGGAGGAGGCGGAGCGCCUGGAGGCUGACCGCGUUGCCGCUCUGCGGGCCAAGGAGGAGCUGGAGAGGCAGGCAGCAGAUCAGAUAAAGAGCCAGGAGCAGCUGGCCGCAGAGCUGGCAGAGUACACCGCCAAGAUUGCCCUCUUGGAGGAGGCGCGGCGGCGCAAGGAGGACGAGGUCGAGGAGUGGCAGCACAGGGCCAAAGAAGCCCAGGAUGACCUGGUGAAGACCAAGGAGGAGCUGCACCUGGUGAUGACAGCCCCGCCGCCGCCCCCACCCCCGGUCUAUGAGCCAGUGAGCUACCACGUGCAGGACAACCUGCAGGACGAGGGCACGGAGUACACAGGCUACAGCGCCGAGCUGUCCAGCGAGGGCAUCCUGGAUGACCGCAACGAGGAGAAGCGCAUCACUGAGGCCGAGAAGAACGAGCGGGUGCAGCGGCAACUAAUGACCCUGACGAAUGAGCUGUCCCAGGCCCGAGACGAGAACAAGAGGACCCACAAUGACAUCAUCCACAACGAGAACAUGCGGCAAGGCCGGGACAAGUACAAGACCCUGCGGCAGAUCCGGCAGGGCAACACCAAGCAGCGCAUCGACGAGUUUGAGGCCAUGUGAGGCCUGGCCAGGACUGGGGCAGGGGUGGGGCCUCACGGCUGAGCUUGCGGAAGGUCGCGGUCAGACUGUGAAGCUAGUGUUUGUAGUGCUUUGAAUCUAGGACCCCCCUCCCCUCGUCGUAUUCCAGUUCCUUUAAAAAGAGAGUAGUUAUUGCAGUGGGAAUAGUCUAAGGCUGGGGUCAGUGGACGCUUCCCUGGUUUAUUUUUCCCCGUUGUAUCAUAGUGCCAAACAGGCCUGAUUCUAUUACUGCUGUUGAAUCACUUCCUGUUCCGUGUUUGCAGCGGGACUGACUGAAUUAAGGAAAGAGCCUGUAAAGUGUGAGUAACAAACUCCCUGCUGUGGUGUGUGAGACAAGGUUCGGUGUAAUUAAAACCACAUCGUGGCUUAGAGUACGUGCCAUACUAUCUUCUGCAUUUAAAAUGAGCUCAGAUUGAUUUUUUAAUUUCCAUGAAGGAUCCAUCGUUGUAUAUUUUUGUUUUGAGAGGUGGAAAUUAUUUUGAAAACCAUCUAAAGCAUUCUCACACACAUGCACACAGUGAUUUUUCUUCUUUGCUCCUUCAGUUUGGGAUAGUAGUACAGGGAGGACACUCUAGCCUUGGAGAAACUUGGGUUUUGUUUUUGCUUUACAGAGGGCUGCCUUGUUGGACUCACACCUAAUUAAUGAUCAGCUGUAGAGAAUAGUAUUUAUAUAUGAGUGACAAUAUGGGUUUGUAACAUUAGUUUAAAAAAGGGAAAGUUUCAUUCUGUAUAUUUUGUUACCUUUUACAGAAUAAAAGAAUUACGUAUUAAAAACCAUGUAACCAUGGCACUUGAUCUGACGUGAGGGCAGGAAGGAGGUAGAUAACUGCUGUAAUCACAUCUGUAAAAAUGAUUUUUUUCUUACUUUGUUCCUUGUGCGUGGAACUGUGCACAUGACGGUUUUCUAUCCGAGCUUGUUUGCAAAAGAGACACAUGCUGUUUGGCUCAUCCAGACUCCAGCUAGGAAGGGACUCUUCCCACCUGGUAUUGUCCCUGUUACCACAAGAAGAACCUGUUCUGACCUCGCCAGUUCUCUGCCACAUCCUUGAAAAUCUGUCAGAAUGUCAGCGCGCUCUUGCCACUGGCUCCUUUCAUGCUCGGCUGUGUCCUUUUCCUUUUCAGCUAAGAGCCGUGCGCAGAUGAGCCCCGCACCACCGACUAGAGAAAUAAAAGCUGUGCAAGGCAA